UGGUCCUUGUUGGGCUAAAAUCGUAACUUUUAAAGCACUUUAUUGUGAUUUAGUCGUAACAUCCGCCUUAUUCGUUAGCUAGCAACUCCCAGGUACAUCUGAUCAAUGCUACCGUAACAUCAAAGGGCGAAAAAGACGGUUUUGUUAAAGUAAAAUCAGCGUUUUGCUUCUCAUAUCGACACAAAUAAAUACUUUUGUUUGGGUUACGCGAUCAACGUUAGCUUGUCCACGAAAGAUGCCGGAGAUGAGCUGCAGGUGAAGGUGGCAGACCUUUUUGGCUUCAUAACCGGAGAAUGGAUUUCUAAGUUCCAGAGUUAAUUCUGAAGUGAGCCGGCAUGUUUCGCCACCAUGGGACGACUCAUCAGUGACUCUGUGGCUCUCUGUCUUUUUGCCAGAAAAACCUGCUUGGAAUAAAAUCCCUAAACUACAGAAGCCUUCACCUCCACUAUUGUCACAUGAGCAACUUUAGAUAAUUAUGGGUUUCUGUUCAAUUGUCAGCAAGGUUUUGCGCAAAAGCAAGUACUAUUUCCCAAUCGUACUUGUCCUGUCUGUGCUGGCAUGGUUGUUUAUUUUUCCUGGUGAAACUGUAAAGAAUAAUCACGUUAACUCGGCCACCACACAAACUCUGAUCGGGGAAGUCGACUUGAGGGAACACCUUGGUGUUUUUACUGCAGCUCCCAGUCAUUCAAAUGUUCCAACACAAACCAGUGAAUGUCCAAAAGUUUCUCCAUUACUCCAGGGAUCAGUGAAUCUGACCUUCAGAUCCUCACUGACGUUCAAAGAUGUAGAGGAUGAAAACAAAGAAAUGACUGAAGGAGAGUACGAGCCCCCAGACUGUACGGCGAGGGAGAGCGUGGCGAUCCUCAUCCCACAUCGAAACCGAGAGAGGCACCUCCUCUACCUCCUGCAUCACCUGCACCCCUUUCUGCAGAGGCAGCAACUGCACUAUGCCAUUUAUGUCAUCCAUCAGGCUGGUGACGCAACGUUUAAUCGAGCAAAGUUGCUUAACGUUGGGUAUUUGGAGGCACUAAAGGACUACAGCUGGGACUGUUUCAUCUUCCACGACGUGGAUCUAGUUCCUGAAAAUGAUCACAAUUUGUACGUCUGUGACGAGCAGCCUAAACACUUGGUGGUUGGACGAAACGCCACAGGAUACAAGCUGCGUUACAAAGGCUACUUUGGUGGAGUCACUGCCAUGACCCGAGACCAUUUUCUUAAAGUCAACGGAUUCUCAAACAACUACUGGGGGUGGGGCGGGGAAGACGAUGACCUGCGCAUCAGAGUUGAGCUGAAUAAAAUGAAGAUUGUGCGACCCCCUGCUGCUGUAGCACGCUACACCAUGGUGUUUCACAAACGGGACAGCGGCAAUCAGAUAAACAUGGACAGGAUGAAUCUGUUAAGAAAGGUGCCACAGAUCUGGAAGAAGGACGGGCUCAACAGCUGCUCGUAUAAGACUUUGGCGCUUGACAGGAUGCCUCUUUAUGUGAACGUUACCGUGGAAAUUGGUGACCCAUAGAGCCAGGGUCUCGAAGAGCAAAUGCUCCUUUGACCUGGUGGUAAUACUGAAGUCAAGGCCACUGAGGACAUAUCAAACUCCCUGCACCGUCUGUAGGAACAUUCAAGCAUAUGAUGCUACGUUCACUUCCUGAUAACCUGUAGGAGAAAAAGGGUUUCAACUUUUUGUUUUGUUUUGUUUUUUUUUACACAAAGAGUGUUUGACUGGAAUUUUCCAGGAAUUUAAGUUGUUUUGAUGAUGCAUUUUCAGCCGUCGAACCCGGAUUAAUAAACCCGUGUCUGUAUUUGACUGGCUGUUUGGGUCUGGGCGGCGGGUAGAACCAGAACAUUAUGACCAUGGUUUAUACCAAUUACGUCUCGGUUUUGUUGCCAAAACAGCAGUGAGUGUUUGCCACUGGGAUGUUGGGAAUAAAUCCAAGUGCCAGGAUGAAGGUUUUCCCUGAAGGACAACACAACGUUGUUACCCAUCUAGACUCCUCCGGGCCAAAUUCUCUUCUUUUUGCUUCUCAUUCUUGGAAAUAAAAAGUUCAUUUCCAAGAAAGUUUUCUUUAUUUUUCCAUACUUGGGAUCAAAUACUCCUUCAGCGAUAGUUUACUCCAGUGAAAAGAGGUUUUGUCUGUUAGUACAGGGUGUUUGCUGUGAUAUGAAAGAGUCAGACAUGCUUGAGCUCUCCAGACUCUAAUUGUUACAUCAAUUAUUUCAGUUAGCCUAAAAUAUAUGGGCUAAUAGAAAUUAUUUACUUAUAGCUCAAAGGAUGUUAAACGACAUCAAACAUGUGAACAUAGAUCAUUAAAUUCUCUUUAUUUUAUUUGAAGGCCUUAUUAGCUUGUUUUAUUUCAUUUGUGGGGUUUUAUUUUGGUUUAUUUCGGUGGCGGUUUACAGAUUUUCCUCUUUAGAUUUUUGUGUAGCCACAAAAAAGUAACUAGCAAAAUCUUUGCUUUUAUGUUUGCAUGUUACUCAUAAAUGUUGCACAUAUCAACUUAGUUGAAUAAUUUAAGUUUAUUUCAAAAGCGUAUAUAUUUUUAAGACUACUAACGUCUGUCACAUGACUUGUUGUGUAUGUGUGAGGACGGUGUGCCAUGGUAGCCAAAGGUUUCUGUACAUGACGGCGGUGUCUGUGAGGACAGCCACUGCACUGGGCUGAGCUACUCUAGAAAUGCAGUAGCCAGUAAAGAAAAUAAAAGUUUGUUCCUACUUUGA